AUGGACACAGAGACGACUCCUUUAGAGAAUAUCCACCUCCGGAGCAAGAUCCGCGGAUACGCCCGGGACCAACGCCUUGAGUGCCGCAUGAAGGCGAAGGACGCGUUGCGCAUUGGACUGGGACAGGUGAAGGAGGAGGUGGCGGCGCUGGAGAGCCUGGGCACCAAGGACGUCGUUGGAAUGGCCGGCAGGAUCAAGCGGCGCAAGCACGCCACCUCCGAGGAUCUGUGCCGCCUGUCACUGGCCUUCCUCCAGGGCAACGACAACAUCAACGCCUUCGCUGUCAUCCCAGGAGCUAUUCAAGUGCUCGUUAAGGAGCUCACUGGCCCCCACAUCCAGCGCCACAUUGAUGCCGUCGAGUGCCUGUGCAAUCUUUCCCUGGGCGAGGCUCAUAUCUCUGAGAAGAUUGCCAGCUUAGCGGGCAGCUACAUGGUCACCUACCUCGAUGGCAAGGAGGAACGCCUUAAGAAGGCGUGCCUGUGGACCUUGGCCAACAUUUUGGCCACCUGCGAGAAGGCCGGCAGGACUCUGCUGCAAAUGCAACUGGUGCCCAAGUUGUGGCGGCUCUACAGCGAUCCCAAUGGCUGCCAAGAAGAUGCGGGCAUCUGCCUUUUCCUGGUGGCCACGCACUGCCUGCAACAUGUGAGCGCCGAGGAUCGACGGUACAUAGCUCAGAAUCUGCACGAGAAGAAGCCCGAGGAUCCCGCCAGCGAAUACUUCAUGUACAUAGUACACCAAAUGGAAAUUGUUGGGCAGGAUCAAGAAUUAGGUGCUCCACAAGCCGAAUGCCUGGUCCACUUCUUUGAAGCCACCUUAGCCUCAUCAGUCGGUAGCCUUUCCCUGAUCUACGCAGUGCGUGUGAUGGCCAAUCUGAUGGCCAAAAAGGAACCACAUCUUUUGGGUUUAAUGGCGGAGCCACAAAUCCUAGUAAAAACCCUAAAUCAGCUCUUUGCAUUGCGAGACCCUCAACUUAGCUUGGAUUUGAUGCGACUGCUCAGGAAUUUCCUGCAAUUAAACCUGUCAGAUUCCAACCAGUUACUAGAUACUUUGCAAAUAUACGCUUAGGAUUUAAUUAAGUCUUGCGAAUCUCUUUAUUGGUCUGAUUAUGCCUAUAAAACUAAAGCCAUGGGCUUUGAGUACUUGAGAAUGUGAAAUGAACAUGG